CUCGGAGCCGGGGACAUGCAGCCCCGGGGGCCGCCUGGGCUCGCGCGCUCGGCGCUGCUGCUGCUGCUGCUGCUGCUGUGGCUGCUGCGGGCUCGGGGUGCAGCCCCCGGCGCCGCGCGCUUCGACCCCACCUGGGAGUCCCUGGAUGCCCGCCAGCUGCCGGCUUGGUUCGAUCAGGCCAAGUUCGGCAUCUUCAUCCACUGGGGCGUGUACUCCGUGCCCAGUUUCGGGAGCGAAUGGUUCUGGUGGUAUUGGCAAAAGGAGAAGAAUCCAAAGUUUGUGGACUUUAUGAAAAGUAAUUACCCCCCUGGAUUCAAAUAUCAAGAUUUUGGACCCCUAUUUAGAGCAAAAUUUUUUAAUGCCAGCCAGUGGGCAGAUAUUUUUCAGGCUUCUGGUGCCAAAUACAUUGUCUUAACUUCCAAACAUCAUGAAGGCUUCACCUUGUGGGGCUCAGAGUACUCGUGGAAUUGGAAUGCUGUAGAUGAGGGGCCGAAGAGGGACAUCGUCCAGGAACUUGAAGUAGCCAUUAGGAACAGGACGAACCUGCGUUUUGGACUCUACUAUUCCCUUUUUGAAUGGUUUCACCCGCUCUUCCUUGAGGAUGAAGCCAGUUCAUUCCAUAAGCGACAAUUUCCAUUUUCUAAGAUGCUGCCUGAGCUCUACGAGUUAGUGAACAAAUAUCAGCCUGAGGUCCUGUGGGCAGAUGGUGAUGGAGGGGCCCCUGAUUCCUACUGGAACAGCACAGGCUUUCUGGCCUGGCUGUACAAUGAAAGCCCUGUCCGGGACACGGUAGUCACUAAUGACCGCUGGGCAGCAGGUAGCAUCUGCAAGCAUGGUGGCUACUAUACCUGCAGUGAUCGUUACAACCCAGGACAUCUUUUGCCACACAAAUGGGAAAACUGCAUGACAAUAGACAAGCUUUCCUGGGGCUACAGGAGGAAUGCUGAUAUCCGUGACUAUCUUACAAUUGAAGAACUGGUGAAGCAACUUGUAGAAACAGUUUCAUGUGGAGGAAAUCUUUUGAUGAAUAUUGGGCCCACACAAGAUGGCACCAUUUCUGCAAUUUUUGAGGAGCGAUUAAGGCAAAUGGGGACCUGGCUAAAAGUCAAUGGAGAAGCCAUUUAUGGAACCCACCCAUGGAGAGCCCAGAAUGACACUUUCACCCCAGAUGUGUGGUACACAUCCAAGCCCAAAGAAAAACUGGUCUAUGCCAUGUUUUUUAAGUGGCCCAUAUCAGGACAGCUGCUUCUUGGACAACCCGAAGCCAUUCUGGGGGCAACAGAGGUAAAACUACUGGGACAUGGACAGUCACUUAACUGGACUUCCUUGGAGAAAAAUGGCAUUAUGGUGGACCUGCCACAGCUAACUAUUCAUCAGAUGCCCUGUCAGUGGGCCUGGGCUCUAAGAUUGACUAAUGUGAUCUAAUUUGCAUCAGUGGUUUGUGUUGCAGUUACAGCUUAGACUGUAAAUUACCAGGUUUCCAUAUAACUGUAGCACAUAGAGAAAGCAAAUAUAAAGUUGCCAAAAUGACCAAGUCAUUAUUUUAUUAGGUAACUCAGCCCUUUCACCUCUCCUCUUACUCCCUACGUUUUCCUCUAAAUUAACACAUAGCUGUUUUAUCUCUCCAUUGCACUUUGCCAUGUGAGGUCCCUUUGUAUUGAAUUCAUUUCCAUGUGUGAUUGAGAGGUGGAAAUUAUUGCUUUGAUGUAGCUAAGAAUUGGUGGUUUGAAGGACUAAACUGUGCCUCUUGCAAAAUUCCUAUGUUGAAGCCAAUAUGAUUGUAUUUGGAUACAGAGACUUUAAAGCAGUAAUGGAGGUUAAAUGAAGUUAAAAGGGUGGGUUCCCAAUCCAAUAUGACUGGUAGACUUAUGAGAAGAGGAAGAGACAUCCAAGAUGCAAGCACACAGGAAAGACCAUGUCAGGACACAGUGAGACGUGUGCCACCUGCAAGCCAUGAAAAGGCCUCAAGAGAAACUGAAUCUGCCACACCCUGACCCCGGGCUGUCAGCCUCCAGAACUAUGAGAAACUACUGUUAUUUAAGUCACUUAGCCUCUGGUGCUUUCUUAUGGCAACCCUAGUAGACUAACACAGGUGGUAUAGAUACAAUAAAUUGGGCUUAACAUAUAUUUACAAUGCUUACUUUUUUUUUGGUAAAAAAAUCUUUCCUUUUGGUAAUAAAACUGAUAAAUGUUCAGUGUAGAUGUUUAAAAUUAUACAGAAAUGCUCAAAAUAAAAUCACUGUUCAGAUUCCUAUUACUGUUUUAGUACAUAUUAUUCAUAUUUUUUUGGGGGGGGUGUUUAGGCGUAGGGCCUAUUUUU